UUGGCCACUUUGGGGAAGGGUGGCCUCCUCCCUCUGUUUGCCCAGCUCCUGCCUGUCUCCUCUCACCUGGGCUCCGCCAUGGCCAGCGCCAAGGACAGGGCCGUCCUGCAGAGCAUCCUGCACCCCAACACCCCCUUCGACGAGGAGGAGUCCGAGGACGAAGAGCCAGAUGCCGCAGGGGAAGAAGCAGAAGGCGCCUUCGACCCGGACCUGCUGAAACAGGCCACCGACCUGGAGGUCCAAGGAGUCGCUUGGGCAGAAGCCGGAGACCUGGAGGCGGCCCUGGAGGCCUUUGGAGAGGCCAUCCUGCUGCUCCCUGGGCGGGCCUCCGCCUACAACAACCGGGCCCAGGCCCUGCGGCUCAAGGGCGACACUGAGGGUGCCCUGCGGGACCUGGAGGCCGCGCUGAGCCUGAGCGGAGGGAGCGGCCCGGCGGCCCGGCAGGGCUUUGUGCAGCGGGGCCUGAUCCGGCUCUGGCGCGGCCAGGAGGAAGCGGCCCGCGGGGACUUUGCGGAGGCGGCCCGGCUGGGGAGCCCCUUUGCCCGGCAGCAGCUGGUGCGGAUGAACCCCUACGCCGCCCUCUGCAACCGGAUGCUCUCCGAGGUCAUGAAGCAGCUGCAGGGACCACCCAAAAGGGAAGAAGGCCCCCUCCCCAAUGGCACCCUGGCUGAAUAAACAGAGGCCUCGUCCA